ACAAAGCUUCCCUGUUCUGGCCAGCCUCAGGAGACGCUGCCUCUCGGGCACCAACGGACAGUUGCACCACACGGUGGGCGUGGGGCUGGGAGUGGCCCUGUGUGCCAUCCCAGUCGUGGAGAAACAGAACUCGGUUUCCCUGAGUAACGAUGCCUUGAUUAAACGAGCAGUUUCCUUGGUAACAGACAGUACUUCCACACUCCUCUCCCAAACAACAUACGCACUGAUUGAAGCACUGACAGAGUAUACAAAGGCAGUUUAUACACUGGUGUCUCUCUACAAGCAAUAUGCAAAUCUCCUUGGGAAGAUGAAUUCCGAAGAGGUGGAUGCAGUCUGGCAGGUGGUGAUAGGAGCCAGAGUUGAUAUGACAACAAAACAAAAGCAGGAAUACCUAAGGCUGGAAUCCAGCUGGAUGACAGCGUUACGUCUUUCAGAGAUGGCAGCAGAAGCUGCAUAUCAGUCAGGUGCAGACCAAGCCUCGGUGACAGCUCGCAGCCACAUCCAGCUAGUGAAAUCCCAGGUGCAAGAGGUGCGACAGCUGUCCCAGAAAGCAGAGACCAAGUUAGCUGAAGCUCAAACAGAAGAGCUCAUAAAAGCUCAAGGAGAGGAAUCUUCAUUGCCGCAGGGUAUUUUAGGAAGUACAGAGGCGGGUGAGGACCCUUACCUUCGGGAGGACUGAAAAGAACCGAAGUGUCACUGUAGAAUAUGUGGGAGUCAAUUGCAAACUGAAGAGUCCCAAACUUUUAAGUGUGGGAUAGUGUGGAAACCACUGAAAUAAGCUUAUGAUUCCAUUUUACCCCAAACAGGAUUGCUUUACAAAUCAAGUCAAUUCCAAGUAUCUGAAAGGCCUUUAUCUUGUUUGUAAUUCACCAUGUUUGUAAUAUUUAUGGAUUCAAUUAUUUAAAUGUUUAACUAUGCAAAUGUGAAAACUGCUAUCAAGGAUAGCUUCUUACUUGUCUCUCUGCUGGGAGG